AAUGUGGGAAGAGGGAGUCUGCUGGGAAGUAGAUACCCUCUCAGAAGGAGGUGUGACUCAGUCGUGGACAGAGUAUCUGCAGGAAACUACUGGAGACGUAGAUGAACAACCAACAGAGCUGGGUUAAUUCAUAAUAGAAUCGGUUCACCUUAAGGUUCGACUGACCGGAAGCCUUUUUCAAAGACUUUAAAUCUUCAUUUAUUGAUUGGAAGUUGGGUCGAUACACUGGUUUGAUUUAAAGAUUAUUGGAUUGUUUGGAGGUUUGGAAGCAUUGGUGACAGAUCCAUAACAGAUUUGCUUCCCAAACUAUUAACUGAACAAAUUGUCUGAUUGACAGCUGGGAAACCUAACAGACUAACUUUAAGUCUGUCAGCAUUGACACCAGACUGGAUUCCCGAUUAACAGAUUGGGAAAACAGAUAAUUUACCACUAACUGUGUUGGAACCUGUUUUGUUGGCUUUCAAGAUGAGCGGAGCAGAUGAAGUGGUGUGUGAAGGCUGGCUGCGAAAAUCUCCACCAGAGAAGAAACUACGGCGUUAUGCAUGGAAGAGGCGUUGGUUCGUGUUGCGGAGCGGUCGACUCAGCGGGGAGCCAGACGUCCUGCAGUACUACAAGAACCAGCAGUCCCGCCGACCAAUCAGGACAAUCAACCUAAACCUGUGUGAACAGGUGGAUGCUGGCCUGUCGUUCACCAAGAAGGAGCUGGAGAGCAGCUUUGUUUUCGACCUGAGGACGGAGGAGAGGACCUGGUACCUUGUGGCUGAGUCUGAAGAGGACAUGAACCGCUGGGUGUCCUCCAUCUGCCUGCUCUGCGGCUUCAACCCGACCGAUGACGUUCCGGACAGAACCUCUGUUACUACCACUUCGUCCACCAGUGGUCCAACAAGUAUCGCCAUGGCUACAGGGUCAGUCCCACCCCCCUACAAUCCGGUGAGAGUGCGCAAUUCUGAUGGCAAUACGGAAGACGACUACCUGUGGUUAUCACACUGCCAGAGUCAUAUCAGGCCUCCGUUAGGCUCCUCCACCUCUCUUGAAACCGACUACAACGACAACCUCUACCCUCCGGCCUCUGCAACCUCGUCCUCCUCUUCCUCUUCAUCCUCUCCUUCCCUUCAUCCUAACGGAGUCCCGCUCCCUUCUUCUUCCUCCUCGUCCUCCUCCGGCUGUAGGACUGCUCCUUGGAAAGCCUCCACUAUGACUGGUCCUUUCAGCCAGUCGAUGGAUAACAGCCUGAGUUUGGACCAGAAACGAGCCGAAAGACUUCGCUGUCACCCGUCACCUCAUCCCAGGAAACACUCCCUGGAUAUCCACCUGCGACCCGUAGCUAUACCUCUCUGUGAUGAUUUAAACUCCACCAUGCAUCCACAUUCACACUCCAGCACCAGUGGUUACCAGAUCCCCCGUCCAGCAUCCACACCGCUACCACGCUUCUCUCGCCGCCCAUCCUCUACCCCCAGUGUGGACUCCCUUACCCAGGCAGAGCUCCACACCUCCACCCCGACUCCUCCUCCACGGCCGCCAAAGCCUCCGAGCAUUGCUGCCCAGGGAGAGAGCUCGGCUGUAGGAACGCUCCCCAGGUCUAUCUCAGAGCAAGAGAGGAGGGAUGGAUUUGUGGACUCUGUGGCCACGUCAGGACACACAAAGAUGGGCUGCGACUCUUUCUACAUCCCUCGCUCGCUGUCCGACAGAGCGAGCAUGUUUGAGUUCAGUGAGAGCUUCAACAAUUACUUUUUGAAUAAAGGUAUGGUACCUCUGGGUAGCGUUUGCUCUGAGGACGACGAUGUGGAUGAAAACUAUGUUCCCAUGAGCGCUGCCACUACUGAGCCUCCUGUUGCACCACGGAUGCUUCCUCCUCACCCCUCUGACUCCUCCCACCAGCUCCAGGACACCAACUACGUCCCCAUGACCCCCGUCACGCCCUCCCUCCCCGUUCAUCCCACACCUGCCGUAGGUGACCCGGCGUCUCUGGGGAGGCAGGUCCCCCCGCCCAUCCACAUGGGUUUUCGUAACUCGCCCCUCGCUCCCCUCACCCCGCCGCUCCGGAGGAACACCAUAAACACCGCGGGCGGAGUGGAGGUCAAAGCCGUGCCUCCCCCGAUUCACCGCAACCUGAAACCACAACACAGAGGAGUUUCUGUCGGUCAGCCUGCAGAGAGGUCGGACAGUCAGACCGCUGGAGAGCCAAAAACCAAGACAAGAGUGAAACCUGCUCCUCUGGACUUCUCUGCAGUGCAGCAAGACUGGCAGGAAGUCCCGCCCCCUGUCCGCUCGCCUGUCACUCGCACCUUCACACGAGAUCCAUCCACUCGGCAGUCAGUCAGACCAAACUCUGCUCAAAGCUCCUCCCCCUCCUCCGACUCUGACGACCCGGACGACAGCUACGUUGCCAUGACGACGUCCUCCGGCCUCAGCUUCAGCACCGGGGAGCCGUCUCUGAGGCUCAUGCUGCACCGGGUGUCAGAGGGAGGAGCCAGCAGCCCGUUGCUAUGGCGAGCCAGAGGCAACAAACAGGUGGAGUACCUGGACCUGGACCUCCACACGGGGCGAUCGACAUCAACCAGACAGAAACGCAGCACGGCAGAAGGUGAAACCGGCGACGGCGAGCAACCCGGAUCAGGCGAGGAGCGUCCACUUGGGCAGCGUACGCGCGUGGACUACGUGGUGGUGGACCCCAAAAGGACGAAGGCCCUGAGGAACACCAGAGAGGCGUGGCACGAUGGGAGGAUGUCGACGGAGAAGGAGAAAAGCUAGAAGAUGAAGAGACGCAGUUCAAAGCUUUUUAGAAUCAGCGCCGAGGAGAGAAGAAGAAUGGACGAUCCCUCCUCCCUUACCUUCAUCCCUCCUUCCCUCCAUCCUUAACUUCAUCCCUUCAUCCUUACCUUCAUCCCUCCUUCCCUCCUCCCUUACCUUCAUCCCUCCUUCCCUCCUCCCUCAACUUCAUCCCUCCUUCACUCCACCCUUACCUUCAUCCCUCCUUCCCUCCUCCCUUACCUUCAUCCCUCCUUCCCUCCUCCCUCAACUUCAUCCCUCCUUCACUCCACCCUUACCUUCAUCCCUCCUUCCCUCCUCCCUUACCUUCAUCCCUCCUUCCCUCCUCCCUCAACUUCAUCCCUCCUUCACUCCACCCUUACCUUCAUCCCUCCUUCACUCCACCCUCAACUUCAUCCCUCCUUCACUCCACCCUUACCUUCAUCCCUCCUUCCCUCCUCCCUUACCUUCAUCCCUCCUUCCCUCCUCCCUCAACUUCAUCCCUCCUUCACUCCACCCUUACCUUCAUCCCUCCUUCACUCCACCCUUACCUUCAUCCCUCCUUCACUCCACCCUUACCUUCAUCCCUCCUCCCUUACCUCCAUCCCUCCUUCCCUCCUCCCUUACCUUCAUCCCUCCUUCCCUCCUCCCUUACCUUCAUCCCUCCUUCCCUCCUCCCUUACCUUCAUCCCUCCUUCCCUCCUCCCUUACCUCUUUACCUUUAAGAUGAGUUGAAGAAAUAGAGAUAAAACAAAUGAACAAAUAGUUUUUCUCUUCCUUCUUUCAGGCAGUGAAGUGUCUGAAAGAAGAUUUACGUUUCAUCCCACGAGGGGAAAUAAAAUGUUGCACUCUGUUGUUGAACAUGUUACACACACAAACAGGAUCCUGUGGACAUGCAGUGAGGACCGGGACUUGAACCGGCGACCCUCUGGUUCCCUACAGACUGAACUACUGCUGCACCAAUAAAAUAUAAGUAAGACACUAAGCACAAGAAAACCCACCAGAAUCUCUUAAAUAUGAGUGUGUCUGUACUGAAGUCUCAAAAGCAACAAGUCUUUUAUUUUGAAAAUCUCCUUAAAAGAUGCUGUGAAGAAACAAUCAGAAUAAUGAGAUGGUUUUCUGCAGCUCAGUGAGCGGUGUGCAAUGGCGUCAAAUCGAAUGUGUGGACAUGAUGAUGUCAUAUUACUGCUGGAUGAUUUCUCUGAUUCUUUGUGAUUUGUGUCAGUAAAUAAAUAAACAUGUCACAUCUUU